GGCCAGCCAAUGAGCGAGCAGCGCGGCCGGACCCGCUGAACGCACCUCAGCAGAGAAAUGACAACAAAAGCCUUCAGCUCCAUGCUCAUGAACACCUAACGCCGCCUUGCUGCUCUUGUAUUGACAAUGAAGCUGGUAGAUCACGUCGUUAGGUCCUUCAGGGUGGCUAAGCUUUUCCGCGACAACACAGAGCGUAUAAAUAACAUUGAUUUCUCGCCCAGCGGAGAUCUGCUGCUGACAUCUAGUGAUGAUGACCAGAUUGUGAUUUAUGAUUGUGAGAAGGGCACAUCCAAGAGAACUUUAAACAGCAAGAAAUAUGGAGUUGACCUUAUUCACUUUACACAUGCCAAAAAUUCUGCAAUCUACAGUUCUACAAAAAUUGAUGAUACCAUCAGAUACCUAUCAUUGCACGACAACAAGUAUAUCAGAUAUUUCCCGGGACACACGAAGAAAGUUAUAACUCUGAGUAUGAGUCCUAUCGAUGACACGUUUAUCUCUGGAUCACUGGACAAAUCUCUGAGACUCUGGGACCUUCGUUCUCCCAACUGCCAAGGAAUGAUGCAUGUUGGUGGCCGGCCUGUGGCUGCGUUUGAUCCUGAAGGACUUAUUUUUGCUGCAGGAAUAAAUUCUGAAAUGAUCAAACUAUAUGAUUUAAGAUCAUUUGACAAGGGCCCAUUCAGCACUUUCCAGCUCUCUAUGGAAAAGGAAUGUGACUGGACAGGCAUAAAGUUCAGCCCUGAUGGCAAGACAAUACUCACAUCAACUAAUGGUUCAGUCAUCAGAUUAGUUGAUGCAUUUCAAGGGACGCCUCUCAAAACGUUUGCUGGUCACCUAAAUAACAAGGGCAUCCCACUAGAGGCAUCUUUCAGCCCAGACUCCCAGUUCAUCUUUAGUGGCUCUACAGAUGGUCGAGUUCAUGUGUGGAAUGCUGAAACUGGCUACAAGGUGUGUGUACUGAAUGCUGAUCAUACAGGACCAGUGCAGUGUGUUCAGUUCAACCCAAAAUACAUGAUGUUGGCCUCAGGGUGUACUAAUAUGGCAUUUUGGCUGCCUGCCCUAGACGACAUGUGAAGAAAUAAUUCAACUGCAGCUACAUAAUUCUUUAAGACAACCGACGAAAGUAGCCAGAGUUACUUCAACCCUUAUGUGAGCUCCUUGUUCAUCCUUACCAGAAGGUCAUCUCACAGCACUUGAAUGCAGAUUCCUGUUCACUGUUGUAGAUCUGAAGCAAGCUUAUUUUUCUUGUUUGAGGAUGGGCAGCCAGUUGUUUUUAUAAUCACUAGAAAUAAGCAUUUUGGAACAAGAUAAAGUUUUAGUUGACUUUUAUACCCAGGCUGCAUGAAUGUGCAUAAGCCUCAAGAAAGAUCACUUGUGUGGUUAAAAUAAGUAUUAUUAACCUCGUCAAAUGUGAGGGUUAUACUGCCGAACAAACGUGUCUAAGGCAUGACCAUUUCUCAGUUGCUCCUGUGGGGGGUACUUCACCUAAUGAUUAGCCCUUUUCUGUUUUGCCAUUGAGAAUAUAAAUGGUUAUACCAGUUUCUUUUGACAACGGAUUACAAGAUAAUCGUUUUGUCAAUGGUGAGAGUUGGAAAAAUCACCUCAGUUUUUUAUCCUACUACGCAUUCAGGGUAUUGACGUAGUGAUAAAAGUUAAGAUAAAAGGCUUACAAAGACUUAGUAAAAGACAUUAUUAAACAUGUGGUUUAUUUUUUACUGAAAACAUGUUGAGACUGUGGAUAUUACCUGAGAAAUAGUUACAUUUACCAGGUAUUGUUUUAAUUCUUGUAUUUUAAAUACAUUAUAAUAAACUCUUUAUAUUAAA